AUGCGUGCGCUUGCCGCUUUAACCACGGUAAGCGCGUGGUGCUUUGCGCUGGCACUAACUGAGACGCGAUCUCGGGAGGCUACCUCGCCAUUUCUACUCAAUAUACUAGGCCUUAAAUCUCAAAUUCCAGUACACCGGCUGUUCGCAUGUGGCAAAACACUCGGACCCACAAAAUGUUUAAGCGCUUUAAGUGCAUGGCGUGCCAAAAAUGCCAUAGACGCCUUCCAGAGAGAUCCACAGACGCGAUUCAACUUGACAUCUGACAUCGAACAAUUCCCGUGGGAGCUGUAUUCCAAUACUACAGAAGAUCAAUUGUACUCUGAACUGUGCAGUGGCACAGAGAAGUUACUACAAUAUAGGACGUUGAAGUUUACAUUGGUGCCUGGUUAUACAUUAAAGCUGGAUUCUAACGGAAAUGGGACCUUAGGUGUUGAUGUUUUAAGAAGCAAUGAGGUUGAAACCGCUCGGGGCAGUAUGAAGAAGAAGUUCUACAAUAUAGUACCAUAUUUAUUAUUGCCAGGACUGAUAAUGUCCGCCAUCUUGCCUUUUGUAUUGCCAGCCUUAAAGUUAAUGACAAUGGGUGUUGUCAUGUUGAAUAAUAUGGCAUUCACUGGAGCCGUCUUCACUCUUCUAAGGAAUAACGCAUUUAACGACAGAUACGAACAUAAAGUCAAAUAUGUAAAUGCUGGAUACAAGAACGAACACCUUACUUAUGAUCAUGACGAUGCAUACUCCCAUCAUUAUAAUAAUUAUGAUAUUAAACACAGCGUAGAUCAUGUGCAUGAGGUUGUAGAUGAUCAUGGAGAAUAUGAAAAUGCUGAGGCCGUAGAAGAAAUUCCUGCCAAUUCAGAUUGGUUGAAGCAAUAUUAUAAUGAACAUGAAUAUGUACUUGCACCGCAAGAGUCUGUACAUAUUCAAAACAGAAAACUUUAAUGAAAAUUUUAGUUUAAUUACUAUAGGUACCUGUAUAUAAUAUUUGCUGCUAGUCUUUGCCUGUCUAAUUUAUUUUACUUGUAAUUUUUUUAUUUAUUUUAUAAUUUAUAAGG